AUGGAGUUUUCGGAUGAUAUACUCGUCCCGUCAACGUAUCGUACAUACGGUAUUAAUGGGACGGUAACCAUCCCGAAGGGCGAAGUAACUCUAAGGGUAUCAGAUGGAGGUGGCUACCUGGAUACUUUAACCACAUUCUGCGUGGUUGAUGUCGCCUCGCCCUAUGAAGCUAUUAUCGGAAAACCAUGGAUCGCAGGAAUCAAAGGAGUGGCAUCGGCCUAUCAUCAAAGAUUACGGUUCCCAACGUACAAGAGGAUAGCAGAAGUCGUAGGAGAUCCACAAGAAGCCCGACAGUGCAUGCAGGCCGACACCCAGAUAAAUGAGGAGCGGCGAGCACGACAAAUGGGAGAGAGGAAAAAGGAUAAAGAAGCCAAAGUCGCUGAAUAA